UGGUCCUGCCCCUUUUUUCUUGCCUCCUCCUCCUCCUCCUCCCCCCCCCCGCGCCUAUUGAUAUUAUUGGAGUGUGGAGCGAAAGGUUCGGUCUGCAGUCGGAGACUCGCAGGCAGCAAAUACGGAGAGCGAAAAAGCGAGCCGGGAAAAGCGAGAAAGGCAGUCCGCGAAGAGCUGCGUUGAAAGAGCACUGCACAUUAAAACACAUCGCAGCCGGAGCCAGCAGCAGCAGCAGCAGCAGCAGCCCGAGCCAGCCGCGGGAGCAAGCAGCAAACGCCAAGCGCAGUCUCUCUCUCUCUCUCUCUCUCUUUCUGAAUGUAUAUGCAUAAUAUCCUUAGCUUGAUUUAAACAUCUCCAGCUCACGCAUCAUGGUUUUUCAAACUAGGCUCCCUUCUUGGAUUAUUUUGUGUAACAUCUGGCUGCUUCAGUUUGCACACACGGGGGAGGCACAGGCUGCAAAAGAAGUAAUAUUGCUGGAUUCUAAAGCACAACAGACAGAUUUGGAAUGGAUUUCUUCUCCUCCCAAUGGGUGGGAAGAAAUCAGUGGACUGGAUGAAAACUACACACCUAUACGAACAUACCAGGUAUGCCAAGUCAUGGAACCCAACCAAAAUAAUUGGCUGCGGACUAACUGGAUCACGAAAGGCAAUGCACAAAGGAUUUUUGUAGAACUAAAAUUCACUCUGAGGGAUUGUAAUAGCCUUCCUGGAGUCCUCGGGACAUGUAAAGAAACGUUCAACUUGCAUUAUUAUGAAACAGACUAUGACACUGGAAGGAGUAUCCGAGAAAGCCAAUAUGUAAAAAUAGACACUAUUGCGGCUGAUGAAAGCUUUACCCAAGGUGACCUUGGGGAGAGAAAAAUGAAACUCAAUACAGAAGUGAGAGAGAUUGGACCUCUGUCCAAAAAAGGAUUCUACCUUGCAUUUCAGGAUGUAGGGGCUUGCAUUGCUCUGGUUUCUGUCAAAGUGUACUAUAAGAAGUGCUGGUCCAUUAUUGAGAACUUAGCGAUUUUUCCAGACACAGUAACUGGGUCAGAGUUCUCCUCCUUAGUUGAGGUCCGAGGAACCUGUGUCAGUAGUGCCGAAGAAGAAGCAGAAAACUCUCCUAGAAUGCAUUGUAGUGCAGAAGGAGAAUGGUUAGUGCCAAUUGGGAAGUGUAUCUGCAAAGCUGGCUUCCAACAAAAAGGAGACACGUGCGAACCCUGUGGACGUGGAUUCUAUAAGUCAUCUUCACAAGAUUUGCAGUGUUCCCGCUGCCCAAUGCACAGUUUUUCAGACAGGGAAGGAUCUUCGCGAUGUGAUUGUGAAGACAGCUAUUAUAGAGCACCUACUGAUCCACCAUAUGUUGCAUGCACAAGACCGCCAUCUGCACCACAGAACCUUAUUUUCAAUAUUAACCAAACUACUGUGAGUUUGGAGUGGAGCCCUCCUGCUGAUAAUGGAGGAAGAAAUGACGUGACCUACAGGGUAUUAUGCAAGAGGUGCAGCUGGGAACAGGGUGAAUGUGUUCCCUGUGGGAGCAAUGUUGGAUAUAUGCCCCAGCAAACUGGAUUAGCAGACAACUAUGUCACCGUCAUGGACCUGUUAGCUCAUGCUAACUAUACUUUUGAAGUUGAAGCUUUAAAUGGUGUCUCUGACUUAAGCCGUUCCCAGAGGCUUUUUGCAGCUGUUACCGUUACCACUGGUCAAGCAGCUCCCUCGCAAGUUAGUGGUGUAAUGAAAGAAAAAGUGCUGCAAAGGAGUGUGGAGCUUUCCUGGCAGGAACCUGAGCAUCCCAAUGGAGUCAUCACAGAAUAUGAAAUCAAGUAUUAUGAGAAAGACCAAAGGGAGAGAACUUAUUCAACAGUGAAAACCAGAGCCACUUCUGCUUCGGUUAAUAAUCUGAAACCAGGAACUGUAUAUGUUUUCCAGAUUCGUGCUUUUACUGCUGCUGGCUAUGGAAAUUAUAGCCCUAGAUUAGAUGUUGCUACACUAGAAGAAGCCACAGCCACUGCUGUUUCCAGUGAACAGAAUCCUGUAAUCAUAAUAGCUGUGGUAGCUGUGGCAGGCACAAUCAUCCUGGUCUUCAUGGUUUUUGGCUUCAUCAUUGGGCGAAGACACUGUGGAUAUAGCAAAGCUGACCAAGAAGGAGAUGAAGAACUUUACUUUCAUUUUAAAUUUCCAGGCACCAAAACCUACAUUGACCCUGAAACCUACGAGGAUCCCAAUAGAGCAGUCCAUCAAUUCGCCAAGGAGUUAGAUGCUUCCUGUAUUAAAAUAGAGCGUGUGAUUGGUGCAGGAGAGUUUGGCGAAGUAUGCAGCGGUCGUCUAAAGCUUCCAGGCAAAAGAGAUGUUGCAGUGGCCAUUAAAACCUUAAAAGUGGGCUAUACUGAAAAACAAAGAAGGGAUUUUCUUUGUGAGGCAAGCAUCAUGGGACAGUUUGACCACCCUAAUGUGGUUCACUUGGAAGGAGUUGUUACCAGAGGAAAACCAGUAAUGAUUGUAAUAGAAUACAUGGAGAAUGGAGCACUGGAUGCAUUUCUCAGGGUCAUAAUAUACAGCUUCAAACAUGCUAUAGCAGGGGUCCCCGGUACUGGUCCAUGGGCUGUUAGGAACCGGGCCACACAGCUGGAGAAACACGAUGGGCAGUUCACAGUAAUUCAGCUGGUUGGAAUGUUGAGAGGAAUUGCUGCUGGAAUGAGAUACUUGGCAGAUAUGGGAUAUGUACACAGGGACUUAGCAGCACGCAAUAUUCUGGUCAAUAGCAAUCUUGUUUGCAAAGUAUCGGACUUUGGUCUAUCCAGAGUUAUAGAAGAUGAUCCUGAAGCUGUCUACACCACAACUGGUGGCAAAAUUCCAGUAAGAUGGACAGGUCCAGAAGCCAUACAGUACCGGAAAUUUACAUCAGCAAGUGAUGUAUGGAGUUAUGGAAUAGUCAUGUGGGAGGUGAUGUCUUAUGGAGAGAGGCCUUAUUGGGACAUGUCAAAUCAAGAUGUUAUAAAAGCAAUUGAAGAAGGAUAUCGUUUGCCAGCACCCAUGGACUGCCCAGCAGGCCUUCACCAGCUGAUGCUAGACUGCUGGCAGAAAGAGCGUGCAGAAAGGCCAAAGUUUGAACAGAUUGUGGGCAUUCUGGAUAAAAUGAUUCGGAACCCAAAUAGCUUGAAGACUCCUUUAGGAACCUGUAGUAGACCAAUCAGCCCUCUUCUGGAUCAGAACACCCCUGAUUUCACAACAUUUUGCUCUGUAGGGGAAUGGUUGCAAGCAAUCAAGAUGGAAAGAUACAAGGAUAAUUUUUCUGCUGCAGGUUACAAUAACCUUGAGACAGUAGCCAGGAUGACUAUUGAUGACAUAAUGAGCUUAGGAAUCACAUUGGUUGGCCAUCAAAAGAAAAUCAUGAGCAGCAUUCAGACUAUGAGAGCACAAAUGUUACAUUUGCAUGGCACUGGCAUCCAAGUGUGAUGAGACAUUUCUCCCUUCCAAGGGAGGGGACAGACUUGAGAGAACAGUGCCAGCCUUCAGUCUUCAUGAAGUGCUGCUGGAAGACACGCGAUUUGACAGAGCCUUCAUGCAGGUGACAGAAGGCCCACCAGAAGCACCUACAGACUUGAACUCCUAAGUGCCACCAGAAAGUUACUUAAAAAGGGAAAACAGAUCUACUAAUGGCGGCAACAAAAGAAGUGACAAUAAACAAAGUACUACCUGAAACACCUACGAACACCUUGAACUCUCUAACCUCCUUUUUAUCUAAUUGACUUUUUAAAGUGUAUAUAAAGGAUUUUAAAAGAAAGAAUAUAUUUGUCAGAUAAAAAUCAUGAUAUUGUUAAAGUCAACAAAUAUUUUCCUUAAAACUUUCAUUUCAAACUUGUUUUAAGAAAUCAGUUGUGUUCCUUUUUCAUAUAGAACUUCUUUUUAGUGUUGCAUUUAUAUCUUUGGACCUUCUUAGUGCUAAGCAUAUGACACAUUAUUACACUGGGGAGUUUUGAAAGAUUGUACAAGUUUCUAUAGCCACAAGAAGUGUAACAGGGAAAUGUGUAUCAGGCUAGCUACUGGGUGGGUGAAGCAGGGUUGGCCAGGAUUUUUUUUCUUUUUCUUUUUCUAAUUUUGGCAUCUAUUUUUGUCUGUUUAUUCCACACCACAUUGAUGUGGUUUGCUAAUUGGCAGGAAAUCAGGAAAAAAAAAUCAUUGCCAAGAGUUCUGAUAUUUUUUAAAAUAAUUUUGUAUAAGUAAAUCACACACUCUUCUUUAAACAGGAAAUGAAUAAAAUGGUGAACCUAGCAAUAAUGUUCCCUAAAAAUGCCUAGGCACUUUUUAAGAAAUGGUUUGAAAGAUGGUUUUAGUAGGUUGCCUGGGUUAAAGGAAACUGUACAACUGCAACUUUAAAUGGGUUGAAGCCCUUUCAUGGAAUGAUUGAUGGUACAGUAGGUGUAUAAACAGAACAAGUACAAGUACUAUAGUGUUGCUUAGCCUUUUAAUCAGAGCACAUUGGGUGUUUGUUCUUGCAGGGGAUUGGGUGUCUUUUUAUUUUUAUUUUUUCAACAAUGUACAUUAGAAGGUCUAGAGAAAUAAUAAGCAUAUGGCUAAUAUGAGAUUAAGAUGAAUGUAGUCCUUCUUGCAGAAGUAAGAAUGAGAGGAUGCAAUCCAGAGAAGAGUACACUGCAUAUAAAUUCAGAAGAAAUUGCAUUCAGCUUUGUGGAUACACUCUGUUUUUAUCAGCUAGGGCUUAUUUUCUGUCCAUAGUUCUACCAAUCAUGCUGUUUGAAACGUAGGUAGGCAGAUGACCUCACUCAUAAAUUGCCUUCCUUGUAAUAGACAACCUGUAGUGGAAAGCAAUGACGAACCCAGUCUGCAGCAAUUCACAUAAUUCUUACCAGUAUUUCUACUAAUAAUGUGCAAGCCAGAUGUCAGGGUUCCAAAUAACAACCCAUAUGAAAUCAAAACACUGGGUUUGACAACAGGUAAACAUAUCUUUCUCUGGUUCACACUUUGAGACAAGCCCAGUUCAGAACGAGGAAGUCAUACACAUUGAAAUGAAUGUGAUUUCAAAAACGUAAUCGUGCUCUGAAGGUCCUAGGAUCUCAUGGGCCCCUAAUCUACCCAUCAUUCUCUGGAUUGCAAUUCUCUUGUGCAAGCUCUAAUGAAAUGAGUGACAGAUGGACAACAGAUAACAGGGCUUGCACGGGACAUGUUCCUGUCAGAUGGUGCCUUUGGAUUUUCUAUUACAGGUGUAGGAAUAUAAGGCAAGUGGCACUUCAACAUUUCAUUGUGUGUAUGUGUGUUUUAAUGAGCUGCUCUAGGCGCAUGCAUUCAGAACUUCUGACUGAAAGACGAUUGAGAGAUGUUGAGUGAGAGAACCCUUUUUUUUAAAAAAAAUACCAGUUUUAAUUUAAUAUAUGUGUACUUGAGUUGAGUGAAAUAUAUAAUUACCAUAAGCAAUAACAAAGUGUGUCGCAGGACUAUAUAUGAAACAGGUGACUAAUGCUGUCAAAAAUAUGAAAAUCGUGAGCUACCCAGCAGUGAAUAGCUGUACUUCCAAAGAGAACUGGGAUGCUUCUAUUGGUUUUCAUUGAGAAAGAUCCCAGGGAUCAGUCAUAUAAAUUAAGACUUGUUUGAUAAUGUGGGCAUCCACAAAAAGAAAAGAAAAAAUGAAGAAAAAAAAAAACCCUGUAAAUGUUCCUUUGUAAAACUUGUACAUUUUAUUUAUACUGUCUUGUUUUGUACACACAUUUAUGUGCAGUGAGCUCUGAAUACAUUGAAAAUGCACUAUAUUUUUCUAUUUUACUUAACAGAGCAUCACAAAAAGGAACAUGUUUUUCAGUGCUAUAUAAUGUGUUUUCCCACGUUUAGGACCAAAGAUAGUUACAAAGAAUUCAAAUAGAUAAUUUGCCCUUCCUCCCAUUUUCUUUUUCCUUUUACAGCACUGUACAAUGUUUUAUUUGUUGUUUUAUUUAUUUAUUUUGUUAGAAAAAUAAUUUUGAUUAUGCUAUUUUUUUUCUUCUUUCACCCUUUGUUAAAUAAAUCUGUAAAAAAAGAUAAACAAAAAUAUUUGAAUUAACAUAAUCCCAUUACAUAGACACUUCCAUUUGUAAUCUUUGUAAUAGACUGUAAAUAUAUUUUUGGAAAUAUAACUGUGAAUAAGG